GGGAGGCGGGCCCUCCGCCGCGAGCCCGGGGCAGCUGCCGGUGCUUCUCCGAGGUCCCGAGCCUUCUAGGGCUCCGGCGAGGGUGCGGGCAUGAGUGGGUCCCUGGGCCGGGCGGCGGCGGCUCUGCUGCGCUGGGGGCGCGGCGGAGGCCUGUGGAGUCCGGGCGUGCGGACGGCGGGCUCGGGCGCGGGCGGCGGCGGCUCCACGGAGCACCUGGAUGCGCUGGUGAAGAAAGACAAGGUGGUGGUCUUCCUCAAGGGGACGCCGGAGCAGCCCCAGUGCGGCUUCAGUAACGCCGUGGUGCAGAUCCUGCGGCUGCACGGCGUCCGCGACUACGCGGCCUACAACGUGCUGGACGACCCCGACCUCCGGCAAGGCAUCAAGGACUACUCCAACUGGCCCACCAUCCCGCAGGUGUACCUCAACGGCGAGUUUGUGGGGGGCUGCGACAUCCUCCUGCAGAUGCACCAGAACGGGGACCUGGUGGAGGAGCUGAAGAAGCUGGGGAUCCGCUCCGCCCUGCUGGACGAAGACAAAGACCAGGACUCCAAGUGAGGGCCCGGGCGCCGCCGCCCCGCAGGGACUCGCUGCCCGAGAAGCCUUAGCCGCGCGGCCCUCGCCGUCGGGGCCUCUCCUGCACCCCCUCUGCCGGCUGGCAGGCCGUGGCUGGGUUCCGUUCGUCUGGUGUUCGGGCUGAGAAUAUUCUGUUAGGAACCUGUUUACAGCGCUGUGUUGUAACGAUUCAGUGCUGUCUCCCGCUCUCGCUGUGAACGGAGCCUGUUCUGUGGUCACCUGUUCCUUGCCUGACCUGGGAAGCUGAUGAGCUUGUGAAUCCCCGCUGUCCGGGACCCCUCUGCGGGUGUGUCGGUCUGCAAAGAUAACACCCCUGGUGUUUUGCUAACUUCUCCCUUCAAGGAAAAUGACGGACAGAGAAAAUGUGAUGACUGGGGCGUGGUUUUUUUAAAAUAAACUGCCGACAGCGG